UUAUCAUUGUUUUUCUCUGAUGUAAAACUAUUCCGAGUUGAGUAGCACUUACAGUACAGCAACAUUUUUUUCCUACCAUGAGUUAGACAGGAAGCUCUACAUCACCACUCAUACCUUCUCUUAUUUUGGCUCCGCUCAUCUUUGCUUAUGGCCAGAGCUGUAGCCUCUGCCCUCACUCGCCUCCAGCAAGGAGAGGCACAGACGUUGAUGGCACCAUAACACACACACACAUUCACCCUCUUCCCUUCCUCUCCAGCGCAAGCAUUUUGUGCAAGCAAUGCAAAGCAUCUGACCUUACACUGAAAGCUGCAAACUGAGUGAAGAGGAAGAAAAGGAAGAGAGGCGACAGCGCUCCGAGUGUGACUAACUCCUGGACGUCUGCGGGAUAUGUGCAUGUGCAGAGGGAGAGAUGACGGCAACAAGAGGAUGAUUACAAAGCAAAGAAGAAAUAUCCAGACAACUUUCAAGUGCAUAUUUCGAUGGGAUUGAACACCAAAAGAUGCUGGUUUUAGUGAACUAAUUCACAGAAGUGUCAGCACGUGCAGCUUUUACAUGUAAGUAUAUCUGUUGUUUGUUCAGCCAGUAUGGCCUCAGAUUUUACGUUAUUAAGUAACAAACUACCAUGUUUGAAUAAGGCUUGCUGUGUGUGGAAUCAAUCAUAAUCCCAUCAUUUUGUAAUUCUUAAUCAGAUAGACUUUUAGAAGAUCUUAUCUAAAAUGUGCAACACUUAUUGUAGAGCAUGCAACACUACAUCACAGACUAAUGCUCAUUUUGUCAGUGUUCCAGGGCUCAGUGUUCUUACUAUGCCACUCUUCAGCUGGCCAGAAGGGUUCCAUGGGAAACCUUCUCAGAGUGAAAUCCAAUCUUGGAGAAUUUCUGGGGACCGACCCAGCCACGUGCUGCUCCAAGAGCUCUUAUGGCACGUGCAGGAAGGUGAAUGCACAGCACGGACACUCGAGCGGGAACACAGGCUUGCCCAUGAUGCCGUGGACCACCAAUGCUUUCAUAGGUGCCCCAGGUUGCGGAGCGUCAUUUCCACAUCAGAGCUACACCAACUGGAGCUGCUGUGUGCCAGCAUCCCCACCGUCCAUGCUGCUGCAGUGCUCUCCAGGUUUCAUGAGGUGCUUGCAGGCAACAAGGUGAUGCCCUGGGAGCUGGUCUCUGUCUUCAGACUUGUGCUGAAAGACUUCUUCAGCCAAAGGAAACGUGAUGAAGAGGACAACCCUUUGUGGUUUUGGACCAGCCGCACCAAGCUGAAGAAGGGCGCUGCCCCCCGAUCAAGCAGUUAUGGUGACAAGCAAAGGGAGGAGAUCCCAACAGUCUCUGGAUAUGUAGACAGGGCCAUGUGGUGCACCAGUUGGUUGACAGCAAAAAGAGACAGGGAGCUUCCAUAUUACUAUCCAGUCGCUGUGAGCCAAACUGAGGCAUGUUACUCAUCACUCAGAGGAAACUCUUUUGAGUGAAUAUACAGCAAUGCAGUGGCUGACACACAGCAACGUCCAAAGGAUCCAAACACAGAAAUGAUCCGAAACCAAAAACACACAUAAUACCAUUAAACAGAUGCAACUAGGAAAUGGUGAAAAUGUGCAAAAAUAAAAAUAAAAAGAUACAACCCCUGGCAAAAA